AUGAGCACGCUCCAGCAGGACUCUGAACCCUUCUCGCCCCCGACCGGGUCGAAAUACAGGUUCAUCCGCAACAAGCCUCCAAAGAAGCGUUCGUCGCAAGCAUGCCUCGAGUGCCGUCGGCGAAAGGUCCGGUGCGACAUCGUGGCCCAGAAGCCCUCCUCUUGCACGAACUGUCGACUGGAUGGAGUUACCUGUGAGCUAGGACGAAGAAAGAGACGACCACCAAGACAUGAGACUAUCCAACCGUCCCCCCCGACGCCCGACUCGUCCAUCUCGUCACAGCGACAGUAUGCUGCCAAUCCAGAGAUCGAGGCGCCACCCCAGCACGACGACCGUGGCGCCUUCGACAUCCUCUCCAGCCCGGCGUUCACCUUUCACGACACUCCUCGGCAGAACCUCCAUCCCGAGAUCACGGCUCCAGCACUCUCGGCCCUAGCGAAGCUCGCCACGGACAUCGACCUGCCCGCUUUCAUCAAGCCGUUUCCCGACACCCUCCAGUCGGAGGAUUGGCAGUACCUCUGCGCAAAAAAAUGCUUCGACUUCCCACACCCAGAUUUUGAGAGGGUCAUCCUUCAGCGGUUCGCCGAGUUCGUCCACCCGCUCCUGCCUGUGGUCGAUGUGCCCGAUGUGGUUGCCGCUAUUGCGGGGGAGUCUCCAACCAAAAUAUCACUUCUGCUGUACCACACGCUAAUUGGCGCGGGCCUUGCUGCCACGGAACUUGAUGAGAUCAAGAGAUAUGGAUACGAGAGCAAAGCGGCCGCGAGAAAUAGCUUCUAUUCUAAGGCUAAGGUUGGUGGUCACUGCCGCCCUGCUGUUCAUCAGCUGGUCGAGAACAACGAUCCGAAGGACGGACUGCAUUGGACUGGGAUCGCUCUGACCCAGGCAUAUUCGAUCGCUCUUCAGAAAACAGCCAACAAUGCCGAUUGCCCACUAAAAAGACGUCUGUGGUGGACGUUGGUGAUGAAAGAAUCUGACGUCUGUCUCUCAAUGGGAAAGCCACCACGCAUGAUGGCCCUGGAUCAGCUCAUGCUGGAUCAUGCCGACUUCGGCAGCACGGCGCAGGAAACGUCCUCACAGCAUAUGCUCCAAGCAGCCUGCAUUGAGAAGGCAAAACUCUGCCUCAUCAUACACCGAAUCCUGCGCCUGUUGCACACGGUCGACCGACGGUCAGUGACUCCUGGAGCUCAAGAUUCUCGAGUAUGGCAGAUGGACUCGGAGCUGCAAGACUGGAAACAUCAAGCACCCUUUGACCUGUGGCGAUUUUCCGACGACUUCGACUCGAAACGCGCGCUCCUCACCGUUUCCAUGGUCAAGCUGACUUUCCUCAUGGCUGUGAUCAUGCUGCACAAGCCGGAAGUCCCUAUCAAGAAAUGGACGAAGUGUAUGGAAGAAACACCCGACCUGUACCUCGAUGAGGAGCUCUGCCGGUAUCAAGCCCACGCAAGGGCGAUGCGAAGAGCUGCAGACGACAUGACCCGCAUCCACAAGGACUUGCACGAGAGCGGGAUGACGAGUGUGAUCCCCGCCCUCGGGGUUGCGACGAUUUGUGCAGCCGUCAGUGUCCACCUGCUGGACGCGCGGUCGACGAGCGAGGCGAUCCGGGCCCGGAGUCUGCAGCAACUCGACGGGUGCCUGGCCGUCCUGCGGGAAGUCAAGAAUCUGCACUACACCGGGGGCGAGGUCGCCAAGAUCGUCGAAGGAGCCAUCAGGGCGGUGCGCGAGAACCGGUCGCUGGAGAUCAUGAAGCCCUCCGGGACUGCGCAGACCAUCUGCAACACGCUGCCCCAGGCCGAAGACAUCUCGGACCAGAACGGACAGGAGAAUUCGUGCGCGAAUAUCUGGAUCGAUCCGUCGCUCGACGUCGAGUAUCUUUUCAAUUUUGACUUGGAAAGAGACCUCUUUUUCGAAUGA